GGCUGAAGCACGUUCGUCAAAGACAUCACUCAGCCGUUUCCCUGGCAAAUUAAUCACAAAUAUAGCAAUCGCCAAGAUAGUUGUUGCAUUAACUCGUGAGAUUUCGCUGUUAAGAUGCCAUUAACACAAAUAUUUGUAAUCCACACGGCUUUCUUAUUGUCUGUAAACGAAUGGUCAGUCUUUAAAACGUGAACACGUAGGCACGUUGGUAUCAGGAUGGAACAGACAGUCUAACUCUCUCCACACGCAAAAGCCACAUCGAACGUCUCAUUGGAUUAGCAUAUCCUAUUUAAAGUUCCCCAGGCAGUUGGUACGUAUUCGUGCAGCGCUCAGUCGUAAUCAAAGAGCGCUUGGAUACAAACUGCUCUAAGGGGACAGAUUAAUGCUGUUAUAGCCAUGGAGAUAAAUUGAUAUAAUCAUUCAAUUUCCCAUGAUUUCAAGCAGCCUAUAGAAAAUCAAUUUGGAAAUUGUUGAAGUAGUGACGCUUUUUUGUUGGUCGGUUUGAACUACCGCGCCGCUUGGUGGAUGCGUGGUUACGUGGACUGAGCUAGUGAACACAAGGGGACCAUAAGAACAGCUCUAGCCGUGCCCAGCUGUUAAUUGAUACAGAUUACAGCCUUUGGUAGCCAACCAACCUCGCGACUGCAGCAGAAAUCCAUUAGAGCGAACAACGCCUCAGGUGUGAACACAGCUCCAGCACCACACGGCGUCCUCAGACAAUGCCUUAUCACACAGUUCAUGGAAAAGGAGGUCGCUACAGGUUCUUGACAUUCGACUAACCCGGUGAACAAUGUAAGGAGAGUUUGGUUUGUGUCAUAGCGGAAUCAGCAGUCGUACCUGCAGCCGACUACAAGCCGCGGCGCUUUGAGGGACAGAUCGGGUACAGGUGCUUGCUGGUGCAACUGUGACUUGGAGGGCAAGUGUGCAGCCAUCGACAAGGUAUCAAGGGAGUUUUGUGAACAUCCCCAAUCUCUAACGUCAGACUAAGGGAGUCUAGAUUUUAUACGCAUUUGCACCCUUUGGGAAUGAUAGACCUCAGCGGACGAACCCUAGGCAUCCAUUAGUUUCCAUCCCGAUGGUCGGAAUUUGCCGAAAAGCGUCAGCCAAGGCGCCACAAGGUGUCAGACACACAGAUGUAAAAGCUCACACACCACUGCUGGCGGACAUCGACAUUUUGCUCCUGGGAGAUUUAGUAGAGAAUGUCAUCUUUGAUCUGUGCACGCCUUAAAGCCAAGAAGCGAAAGGUCGAUGAGAAAAAAGCCAGAGCACAGUUGACAACGGUUAAAAAUGGAAGCAAUGCUAGUAGUGUACCCGAUUCGGCAGUAGACAAACCGGCUUCUUUGCCAAGCGCCAGCACUCUAAAGAACGCAGACCAUUCCAGUGGUAAGGAACUUUCCGUGAAAUUUGCCGGUAGUGCGAUAUCCAAGGAGAGCGUUUCCGAAAGCAACGCAGAAGUUUCUGUCUCUCAAAAAAGCGACGCCAACAAUACUGCAGUGAUGACGUCUCAGCAAGAAAUGAUCAUCAAACUCCAGCGUGAAAACGACUCUUUAAAGCGUGAACUGCAAGAAGUUAAAACCUCGAGAGAAUCUAAGGAGAUGAGACUGGAAAUCAACCAACUGAAAACUGAGUUGGAAUCGAUGCGCGCUCAAAACGCCGCACUACAGAAGGGCAUGAAGGACAUGGGUAUAACGGCAAAGGUCAUGGAGGAAAGGGAGGAAAAGAUACGGUGCGAGGAAGAGAAACUCGCAUCGGAGCGACAAAUGGUGCAGCGACAGAUUCACGACUGUUACGCCAAGAUGAGACCAAUCCUGGAGAGAGAGGCGAGUCGACAAGAGGAGGUGGAUGACUUGAAAAGCAAACUCACUCAACAGAACCGAAGUUCUCGGCGAAUCUUUGAGUUGAUGGAACGUCUGAUGAUCGAGUGGAAACAGAAUGUUUUGCUGAGAGCUGAAGUUAAAAAGCUGAAGACCCUAAUCCUGUCGGCGAGCCGAUCACUGAACAACAUCACUCGGACUAUGGACGACAGCGAGUAUAAGGCUCGAGGAGCCAUCAAGACGGAGAUCUCCAAGGUCGUCAAAGUCACCUAUGAUAGUAAGAGGGAGGUUAUUCAGUACCAGCAGAUCAUCAAUGAUGCCCUGGACACGAUGCUAGCCGUGCGCCAAUUGCAGAAAACAGAUAUUGCUACUGAACAGAGUAAAGGCGAUUGUCAACCCUGCAUGGAGAGGAUUAAAGAGGACCAUGCCGAUGUGGCAGCCAUUAUAGGCCAGAGUUGGAGGAAGGUAGGGCGAAAUCUUGGCUUCACGACCGAGCAGAUCCAGGAGUUGGAGGCUAGUCACGGUAAACUUGGUCAGGAGGAGAUCGCCUGGAGGCUAAUGGAAAAAUGGACCGAGGAAACAGAGGACGAGAGUUUGCUUCUAGGCAGAUUCAUUACUGCCCUUAGGGACGCUGAAAUCGAUACGGCCGUAGGGCCGAUGCCAGAUGAUGACGUGGCAGUCUUUCAGCGCCUUAACACAUACCUUCACGGUUCUAUCAGCCAGGUUAACGGCGUGCUACCCUUUAUGUAUGGUUUUGGUCUCCUCACCAGCACGAUGAAGCGAUUCAUCGAGGACGGCAAAUCGGACAAGGAGAGAGUUCGCCGGUUACUCAGUAUCGUGCCCACUCUGGGAGAACACACGCUGCCUAUAUUUAGCGAGAUUCUCCGUCUUGGAGGCCAUGACGCUGUGGCAGAAAGAAUAUGCAAGGAACAGUUACUUGUGCGCCUUGAGAGAUCAGGUCAAGAUACGAGCGACAAAGCGCUGCCAUAUAUCGACAGCCACCUGGCGGAGAAAACAAGCGGUGAAGGGGAAGCAAAGGAAGACGGCAAUGGAAACGAAGCUUAAUGCAGUAGAUGGCACAGUUUAUAAUACCGCAUUGAUCUCUACUUUCUGCAUCUUGGUUCAAGCCUUACAUUCUGGCUUAUACAUAUAUAUGUAUAUAUAAUACACAUAACUUAUA